AACCCACACCACCAACGUCGUUAUGUAAUAAAAGAAUUCUCUUUUACGGUGGUGGCGCUGCGUGGUGGUAGCUGCCGUGUUUAUCACACUAUGAAAAUAUCUACACUGAAACUAAAAUCAUGAUUGAUUUUAUAUGUACUCUGCACAUAUCCAAUCUUCAAAUUGGCAUAAUAAAAAUUAUGACACAUCAUAUUAAUCCUUAUAUGCUUUACACAUAUUUUUUACAAACAAUCUUCUUAGAUUUUAUAUGCGUACGCAUAUAACUGAUUUUUUCUCCUGUUCGUUAAAAACUAUUGUUUAUUCAAGUAUGCUUUGUGAGCUCCGCAUAUAACGUUUAUAUGCGAGACACUAUAGAUUUUUGCAGAAUGCUUUUUUUCAUGAAACUUAUAUGCAAGGCUCACAGCAAUUAUGAAUGUGUGCCCAAAUGUGUACAAAACCGUUUGCGCGUGUGUGUCAGUGUGUCAGCCAGCAGCAACAGCCGUGGUUCAUUUUGUGAAACUGCGAUCAAUCGGCGGGCCACAAAUUUGAUUCCGCGCAACGAGAUGCCAGACGGUUCCGGCACGAAGGUGGUCCAGAUGCAGAGCCUGUUUGGCCACAUCGGCCAGGUUAACGAAAUCCGCCUGUAUCCGACGUUCCGACGUGUGUCCUGUUUGGUGGUGUCCUGGGUUAGCCGCGAUUACUUUGAGAGCAGCAAAAGGAGAUUACCGUCAACGGGACGCUGGUUGCCGGACGCUGUUGCAACCGGAGGUGGUGAACCGCAUCGUUGGAAUGUUUCCGACCCAGCAGAUAGUGAAAACGAUCGUUAAAAACCUGGACAAAACCAAUCUUCUGUCGCGAAAAAGAUUAUGAAGAAGCGUCGCACUUUGCUCGAGCUGGACGUCAAGUCGGAGAAUCUAAUGGACCACUUCAAGCACCCGGUAUGUCAAGGGCACGCGGUGUGCAAAAAAACGGGAAUCAAGAGGCAGGGCUCGGAGUUCCGCGGAUACCGGCCGGGAGCAAAAAGCAACGCGGCAACCUCAUCAAACUCAUCCCGGAAAUUGCCCCAUUCGAAGCGAUCUUCCCCAGAAACAAACAGCCACUCCCGUUCGGGGGAAAACACCGCAAGUGCUGAAGUCCGGCCAUCAUAGCUUAAUAAAAGUUUCAUAAUUAAUCACAAACUUUUCUUUAAAUAUGGAAAGAAAAUUAAACACCAAUUUAAUAUUAGAAGUAAUACAUAAUAAUAAAAUGCAUGCCUAUCAAAAAUCAAUUGAAAAUUCAUUUAAAAUCAUGAGUGUUGCA